UUUUGACUUACAACUUCAAGUGUCUCAUUUUAUUUGUAGCAGUUCUGUGUCUUCUACUAAUUCUGUAUUUACAUCUUCCGAGAAAAGAGACACAUGAUAUUCAAGUGGUCGAUAUGGCCAUGGCUGCGUCUGCACCUUCAAGCUCGAUCGGUUUAUUUACUCUGAAUAUUUGGUUCGGCGACUUCAAGAUGAAACAAAGAAUGGCUGCCAUUGGAAGAACUGUGAGUGACCUAAAACCAGACAUUAUAACUUUUCAAGAAGUAACAACCGUUAGCUUAAAAUUACUGAAGAGYCAAGAAUGGUUUCCGUUGUAUAAAAUGGUACCCGAUAAAAUCCUUGAAAACCAAGGAUACUUUGUAGUUAUUCUCAGCAAAUUUGAGGUCGUAAAAUGGAGGAGUUUGCCUUUCAAGAAUUCAAGAAUGGGACGAAAUCUUCUAAUUGCRGAACUAAAAGCAAACAUCCAGGCUUUAGAAGACGGAAAUAAAAUUGCUGGGCAGAAGAUAUCUAAUAGUAGAAAAGGUAGUUAUAUUUAUCUUACCAUUGCAACGUCACACCUCGAAAGUAUGGCGUUCACAACUAAAGAGCGCGAAGCCCAGCUCCAACAGUCUUUGCAAAUAUUGUCCGAGUACGAUGAUGUUUGUCUAAUGGGUGAUCUGAAUCUUGAACUGAAAGUUGAUGGCGAAGUUUAUCUCCCAACGCCUUGGAUUGACACUUGGUUGUCAAUACCUGGAAAUUCCCAUUCAAAUGGCUAUACAUGGGACCCUGCUAUGAACUCCAAUGCCCAAGUUAGUGAGCCAAAUACCACGAAAGAUCGCUUUGAUAGAGUAUUUUGCAAGCUUCUUAAUUUUUCAGUUAAAAACAUGAGCAUUAUUGGGACUGAACCACAUGAUGGAGUGCAUCUAAGUGAUCAUUUUGGAGUAUUCACUAAUUUAACUCAUAAAGAGAGAGCCAUGACAGGUGGRCCAAAAGUGGUUAAAGAAGCAAGGUUCAUACGACCAAGAGGAUGGGAAAAAUAUCUGAACAUCUAAAUAUAGACUUUGCUCAUCUGGGCCCAGUUGUACAAAGCCAGGUGAUAAAUUUAUUGGAUAAGAGAAUCGACUUAUCCCCUGGUUAAGGAUUUUAAUUGACCAGAUAGYGCUAUCCAGGUUUCGUACAACUGGGCCCUGGGCUACAGGGAUCCCACUUCAGACAAAAGAGGAAGAUAAAAAUAUAAACGUUAAGGUUAAUAUUAUGAAUUUAUUAUUGCAUAGUGUGCACAUAGACUUUUUUUGAGUUCAUUAUUACGGAUUUCAUUGAAUUGUGGCACGCAUUAAAAAAUUYGUCUGCGAAUUUGCCUACGUGACUCUGCCCACUUGGAGGUGUGAAUUUGUCUACAUUCCUUUCUUGUGAAAUGCAYAUUGGACAUCAGCAAACUUGGUCGUGUUUACAGUAGGGGAAGAGCAUAACUAGUGAUUUGAUAUCUCUCGUCAUAGAUGAGAUUGUUGAAAGUGGUGGGGAUAUCAUGAUUCUUUCCUGGAAAAUUUGCAGAAAUUGCUCGAAAACUUCCCCCGCCUCCAUACUCAACUUUGAACUCAAACCUUCUGCUCACCGCCAUAAUUUCGAAUUGAACGUUCCACGGGAAUAGCCAAGAAAUGAAUGCAGACAAAAUCACCUCCAGCGUCUCGUAGGCAAAUUCGCAGACGAAUUCUUUAAUGCGCGCCACACUUCAAUGAAAUCCGUAGUAAACACAAUGGACCAAGAGGAUGGGGAAAAUAUUUGAACAUCUAAAUAUAGACUUUGCUAAUCUGGGCCACAGGGAUCCCACUUCAGACAAAAGAGAAAGAUAAAAAUAUAAACUUUAAGGUUAAUAUUAUAAAUUUAUUAUUGUAUAGUGUGCACAUAGACUUUUUUUGAGUUCAUUUAACACAAUGAACCAAGAGGAUGGGAAAAAUAUCUAAACAUCUUUAGAAAUAUAGACUUUGGUCAUCUGGGCCACAGGUAUCUCACUUCAUACAAAAGGGAAAGAUAAAAAUAUCACCUUUAAGGUUGAUAUUUUAAAUUAUAAUAAGUAAAUGUGGUGACUUGGCUACACCUUGUGUUUUUAAUCCUGAUAAAACACUCGUUCUUGUUUAUAAAACACCACUUAACACACUAAAGCAAAGACGUAGKGACAUGAAACUUUUUUUAUUUCUUAUGAAUAUAAUUGUGCACAGCAUUUUUCAUUGCAUGACUACUAUGCAAUAUAUUAUUUUAGGGGCUCAAACUUCUAUGAAACAUUAAUGUAGUGAAAAAUUCUAGAAAAUCGUACUAUAGUAACACAAUAUUUUGCAUUGCGUCAGAAUUUUGAAAAUUAAUGACUAGGUCUUUUAGUAUUAGAAUUGAAAAUCACAAUACCCAAAAUACCUAUGACUAGAGAGUAGAGAAUAAAAGUGUGAAAAAAAUCAGAUACCAGUGAAAAACAUUUGCUCACGGUCCAAAUCUGUGAUCUAUGUGAAUUAGUCAAAGUCUUCAUGCCACUGUCAAAAUUUACAAAAUUCAGAAUAAAGAUCGUUUUAAGGCUAUGUUCAUAAUGUAUAGCAGAGUG